UCCGCCGAGUUUUGCAGCGGCGGCCGACACUUGUGCGCCGUCCUGCAUUCCGCAAAACCGCCCCAGCCUCUGAGCCGAGUGGCACGCCACCGCGAAAGCCGCAGAGUGCGAAGACAGUGCAUGGACUGAAAGUGCCGACGGCCAUGGAUCCCACCCUGGUCGACGACUACGGCGAGUACGUGGAGGAGUUCAACCUGGAGCACCUGAGCAACGGCCAGCAGGUAAAGCGCGAGCUGGCCGACCGCCGAGUGGCGGCCGCCGCCGCCGCCGCCAUCGUCGGCGGCGGUGGCGGCGGUGGCGGCAACCCGACCCCGCUGGCCAGCCCCAACAGCCUGAUGCACCAGGCCGGGGGCCCGCCGCCGCCGCCCCCGCCGCAGCAGGUGCUGAUCGGCGACACGGGCGCCGUCAUGUACCCUGGCACGCACCACCUGCACAGCAUGAACGCGAUGGGCUCGCCGAACCCGCAGCUGCACACCAUGUUCCCGCAGAGCCAGCAGGGGCCGCCGCCGCCGCCUCCCCAGCAGCUGCUGCCGCAGAAGGGCGAGCCGCCCCAGGCGGGCAUCUUCACCACGAUGACGCCGUCGACGCCGGGCACGCCGCCGGACACGCCGCCGACGCCGCACGACUGCCACAACAGCUCACUGCCACCGUCGCCGUCGUUCAUGCCCAACGGCCUGCACCACGGCGGCGGCGGCGGCAUGCACCACCCGCCCGAGGGCCGCGUCAACAUCCUCAGCCCUGACGAGGCCAACUGCUGGAUCCCGUCCGGCAUGCGCUACAACGGCGACACCGAGGGCCCCCUGGACCUGCGCGGGGGCAACGAGCCCUUGGUGAUGGAGGUGUGGCCGCCGAACCUCGGCGGUGGCGGCGGCGGGCACCACCCGCGCAGCCACCUCAAGCACGGCUACCUGGAGGACCACCUGGACUCGCCGAUCGGGCUGCAGGGCCACAUGGGCGGGCUGGGCGGGCCGGGCCGCGCAAUGAGCCUGUCGCCAGACAGCCGGUGCACGUCGGUGUCGUGCAGCAACAGCAUCAUCAUCUCGACGGGGCCCGCCGACGCCUUCCUCACCGACGAGUUGCUCAUGUCGUUGUCGGUGCGCGAGCUGAACAAGCGGCUACACGGCUUCCCGCGCAGCGAGAUCGUGCGGCUGAAGCAGAAGCGACGCACCCUGAAGAACCGUGGCUACGCGCAGAAUUGCCGCUCGAAACGUCUGCAGCAACGCCACGAGCAGGAGACGCAGAUCCGCAGCCUGCAGGCCGAGCUGCAGCGGGCGCGCCACGAGUGCGGCCGCAUGCGGCAGGAACGCGACCACUACCGCGAGAAGUGCAUGAUCCUGGAGCGCAGACAGCAGCACAUCCACCAGCACCAGCACGACAUGGACGCCGUCAGCAACAACAACAACAAUAACAACAACGGAGGCACCGGGGGCGGCGGCGGCGGCGGCCAUCCACCGGCCAACGGCGGCUCUCCCUCCGACCCCAGCAACCCCAGCUCGCCCGAGUUCCAGCAGCUGCACAGCGUCGCCGGCGCCUACCAGUGACACGGGGCCCCCGCGCACCCCCAGUGGUGCAAGCCGCCUCCGCACCGGCCCCCGCCCGCCUCCGGCAUCCACCUCGCGCCCUUGCACACGCUGACGGUGCCGCCCCACCAGUGCCACUGCUAGAACGCGUGCAGUGUGAACUCGAACGGACGCCCUGAACGGUGCCCCCAGACUUCGGCCCCCGCUACCCCACUUGCCGCCAGUGUAAAUACUUAGUUCUCGACGUAAAAACAAAUGCAUAUCCGACUUAUUGAGAUGCCCCUGGUCAGACUGUUACAAUUCGAACGUGCAGGUGUGUUUUUAUUUCGUUUUCGCUGAGAAGUUAUGCACAAAGCUAUUUCGCUGCGUAAUUUUUGCCGCGGCGAAACAUUUCAAGGUUCCGUGCGAUUUGCAAUAAUAUGUAUGUUUCGUCAGUCUCGUUUCAACUUGCAUUUAUUUGCUCACUUUGACGACAACAAACGCAAUGGAUUGUAUGUAUAUCGUACCUGAUUCAAAGACCCCUCUGUCUGUUGGUUAUAUCGAAAUGGUUUGUUGAUACCAAGAGAGGCACAAAUGGCGCGCGCGUUUUUCCACUUUUCUCGACUCGCUAAACUCUCCUUUUAUUGUUGACAAAUAUUGAGAUGAAUGUGAUUUCACUGGUUCACUCUCGAGAGAGUGAAAAUCGUGAGUGUGGUCAAUCAAAAUUAAAAAAAGGUGCAAGUGGUUAUUUAAUAAUCAAGUGGUAUCAUUUAGACUGAUCAGUUCACAAAAAAGAAUCCUGUAAAAGUGGAGAUAAUAAUUAAAAUUAUAUAAAACAAGUACGGUUUAUUGCUGAUGAGAGACAAUGAUUGUGAUUGUAAAUCUAAGAGGAUGCGAGUUGUUUUUAAAUCUAUUGUUUCAAAUCUCUAUUGUUUUCCUUAUUUUAUGGCAAGAAAUCGAUAUAUUAAUCGUCUUCUCACUUCUUUAUGUCUCGACUUUAAAAAUAACUAUUACUAUAAAUAUCAUUGCUGAAAUUUUUAUGGUCAGUGAAUGCCGUGUGUACACACAAACGUUUUAUGAAAAGGGUAUGUAAUUUUACAAUACUAUUAUGUCAGGAAUAUUACAAAAUAAAUGUCAUUGUUUUAAAAUUA